CAUUUCAUUCUAAAAUCAACCAUGGCUGAUGGCUAUUUGUGAGGUGGGCACCGUUUUAGAACCAGAAAGUCGUAGUGAAAUUGCAUCAGGUAGUACAGGUACAUAACUUUAAUAAUUACCAGCACAAACUGAUCAUUUUACAAACGGAUUGGACAGGACAAACUCCAGCCAUUUCCAAAACAAUACAUUGGGUGAUCGAAUCAGCAAAGUAAAAUAUGAAAUAGUUGGAUGGAUAAAAACAUCAAAAGUAAAGUCGGCAUUUUGUUACAGAGCUGCAUUUGGGCCAACCCAUGAAAGAAUGCUGGAAUGCAUAAACCCACAAUGAAUCCAAGGGAAUCCAUUUUACAUGGGCUUUUGGAGACUAAGGCCUUGAUCCAAGCCAAGUAAACAUGCACAAUGAGGCCCAUGACGGAACAUAAAUUUUAAAUUAAAACUUUAAAAUCAACAUAUGAUUUGACCGCUUUUUUGUCUCGUAUUCAUAAAUCCCAAAAGUUGUUCCUUUCUCUCCGGCACGCGCGACGCCACCCCCCCCCCCACAAGAUCCUGCAAGCCACAAAACAAAAGCAAGGGUGUCACCACUCACCACUUCACCACACACCACCGCCAACUCCGCUCUCCAGUCAAAAGCAGUAUCCGAAAAGGACAGAGACCCCCAUGACCUUAGCUCGGACGAUCAUGACGUUGUCAUCGCUGAACGACUUCGUCUUCGAACCUGACGACAUCCCCUUCGGCUCCGUUAAGUGGUUCGUCUACGCGGGAUUCUCCUGCUUGCUCGUGCUCUUCGCCGGCAUAAUGUCUGGUCUUACUUUGGGUUUGAUGUCUCUGGGCCUCGUUGAGCUCGAAAUUCUACAGAGAAGCGGCACUAUUACCGAGAAGAAGCAAGCUGCUGUUAUCUUACCGGUUGUUAAAAAGCAGCAUCAGCUUCUUGUAACUUUGCUUCUCUGUAAUGCUUGUGCCAUGGAGGCCCUUCCUAUAUCCCUUGAUAAAAUUUUUCACCCCUUUGUUGCAGUGUUGCUAUCUGUUACUUUUGUACUGGCUUUUGGAGAGAUUUUACCACAAGCAAUAUGUUCAAGAUAUGGACUCUCUGUUGGUGCAAAUUUUGUGUGGCUCGUGAAGAUUCUGAUGAUUAUUUGUUAUCCGAUUGCUUAUCCUAUUGGAAAGGUUCUGGAUGCUGUGAUUGGCCAUGGUGAUGCUUUGUUUAGACGGGCUCAGUUAAAAGCCCUUGUCUCUAUCCACAGCCAAGAGGCUGGCAAGGGCGGUGAACUAACACAUGAUGAGACAACCAUCAUUAGUGGUGCACUAGAUUUAACUGAAAAGAACAUGCAGACUGCCGAGGAGGCUAUGACACCAAUUGAAUCAACAUUUUCCUUGGAUGUCAAUUCAAAAUUGGAUUGGGAAGCAGUUGGUAAAAUUCUUGCACGUGGUCAUAGUCGUAUCCCUGUCUAUGCUGGGAAUCCGAAAAACAUCAUUGGGCUGUUGCUGGUGAAAAGUCUUCUCACUAUACGGGCAGAGGCAGAGACUCCAGUCAGUGCUGUUUCCAUCCGGAGAAUUCCUAGGGUUCCAGCUCAUAUGCCUUUGUAUGAUAUCCUCAAUGAAUUUCAAAAGGGAAGCAGUCAUAUGGCAGCUGUAAUGAAGGUUAAAGGAAAGACCAAACACCUUCAGUUCUUUGAUGAGGGAGAGAAAUUUGACGAGCAUAGAGUUACCAAUGGGAAUUCUCAACUAACCACCCCUUUGCUGACCACAUAUGUCACUGAAUCAGAUAGUGCUCUUGUCAAUGUUGAGAAAUCUUUAAGGCCUAUCACUGUCAUGAAAAAUCCUCAACCAAAUGGUGUUGCAACAAAUACCUUGCAACACUUUUCAGAGGAUACCGAAGAUGGGGAAGUCAUUGGUAUCAUAACUCUAGAAGAUGUUUUUGAAGAACUUCUCCAAGAGGAAAUUGUAGACGAGACUGAUGUAUAUGUUGAUGUACAUAAAAGGAUACGAGUGGUCGCUGCUGCAGCUGCUUCAUCUGUGGCACGGGCUCCAUCCAGUCGUAGAUUGAUUGGCCAAAAGCCUCCAGGUGUUCAAAGUAAGCAAGGGCAAAUGACUAAGAAAUCUGUGGAUGAUGGUUCACAAACAGGGAGAUCUGUUGUUAGCCCAGGGGAAUCUCUUCCAGGCAGUAUCUAAAGAUCUUAGUUGGACAAAGAAGAAUAGAAAUCAUGUGUUUUUCUUCCUUGCCAUCUAUUGUAAAUUCUCAAAUCAGGUUGUGUAUAUUGCAGUUUAUGCCUGUAGUUCAGAGUGAGAAAACUAGUCAUGUUUACUGUAAAAGAAAAAUAGGGGAAAUUUUGUUUUGUGGUUGUUAGUAAUUCCACUAGCAAAAUAGCUAUCUAGGUAUGAAUUCUCAAUACGGGGUGGCAAGUUUGGUUUUUGGUGAGGAUCAUUUACUUUCAAAUAUUUCGAUACAGAAACAAAAAAAAAAAAAAAAAAGGUUUUGUUUUGAGCAAGGUGCUCAGACUGAUCUCUCUCUUUCAUAUACACGAGUAGUUUUCAAUUUCUACCAAUUGUGGCCAUCAAUUACUAAGACAUAAUUAGGAUAAUUUUUCCAUGAGCAAAUGUUCAUUUAAAGAUUUGAGAGAUAAUUUUUUUGUAUAUAAAUAUUUGACAAGAACAAGUAACAAGCAACAAGUCUGAUAGCUUCUCUACGACAUCGAUGUUAAGUCAUGUACUCGUCACAGCGUUUAACCUAUAUUUGGAAAAAAAAAAUCAUUAUUUCAUUGAAAUAACGAGUUUUUUGGAAGGAAAAAGAUAUUAAUUGUUGUAAUAAAAUUAAAAAUGGGACAAUUAGUCAAACACAAAUUACGUAGUAAAAAAAAAAAAA